AUGAAGGAGAUCGUGGAACCCACCGACUGGAAAUCCGACCCAUGUACACUUCGAAGGGAGGCACCGUCUCUCCGUCAACUGGCCCUUGAUUCCCCCGACACCCUCAUAGUCACACCUUCCAAUCAAUUCUACGCAUUCAUUCGCCAAGAGUACAAUGAGUACAACCGUCAGACUGAGCCACUGGCCAUCGUCUUGCCGAGGAGCAUCGACCAGCUACGACAGGCAGUAGUCUACUGUUCGGGUCAUAUGCCCCCGAUUCCUAUGACGAUUCGAGGCGGUGGACAUGACCCCUACGGACGCACCGUUGAGCCCAGCGCUGCUCAGAUUGAUCUCAGGUAUUUCAAAUGGAUUAACAUCCUCGAGAGCAAGCCUUCUUCUUCGACCGCAACGGAGAAAGCUGUCGCGGUUGGGCCGGGAAUCACGGCUAUCGAGAUGCAUCGAGCGCUAGAUGGCGCCGGGCUCAGCGCAGCGACGGGCUGGGCGGGCAGUGUUGGCGUGGUAGGAUGGUCCUGCGGCGGAGGUUACGGCCUAUCCUCGGGGGCAUGGGGGAUGGGCGUGGACAACAUCCUAGGUGCGAAGGUAAUGCAAGCUGAUGGGCGCAUCCGUGACACGCGAGAUGAUCCGGAUCUCUUGUGGGCCAUGCGUGGCGCUGGGCAGGGAAACUAUGGCAUUAUAGUUGAACUGCGAAUCCGAGUCCGUCCCAAACCUCGAUAUAUUGCUGGAACUCUGGUCUUUUCUCUGCAGCAUGCUGUCAAAGUUCUCUCGGGCUUCCAGGCCCUGCUGGACGAAGGACUCCCGACUAACUUUGGCGGAGAGAUGACCAUCAACACGACCGACGCACUCGGCCCAGCCAUCAACCUAUAUUUCACUUGGAUAUGCGACAGCCACUCCGAUGCUCAUGUGGCUGACGGAAUGAACUUCAAGGAAAAGCUUUUGUGGCGACUUCAAUUGGCUCCCUUAGUGGACACAGUUAGCGAGACAUCGACCCUUGCUUUUCACGAGACACUCAAUCAGGGCAUUGCCGACUCCCAGCAUGGCUACUGGGAUAUGGCAUCUCUGACCCUGGCCCGUCUCACUCCGGAAGUGAUUGGAGUCAUCAUGCGGAAUCCAGCGCCCACUGGCGGCGCAUCGGCCAUACUCGUGCACCACAUCCACGGUCGCGCCGUACAGCCUGAUGACACGGCUUCCUGGAGUCAUCGUCGUGAACAUUAUGUUGUUUCGCCAUGCGCCAUUGCACCGCUGGACGCAUCUCCACGCCAGAAGCAAGUCACAAGGGAAUGGACGCAAGUUAUCUAUAGGGAGAUGUUGCAAACUGGCCAGGCUCUUCGAAAGGGUUACUGGAGCAUGUCGCGGCCAGAGAACUGCGACGCUAUUGAUUUUUAUGGCAUCGACACGGUCAAAAGGUUAACGAAGUUGAAACAGAAGCUGGAUCCAUCAAACGUAUUUCCAUUUGGCUUACCUCGUUUCAACGCAAAGGAGUCGCAGGAUGAGAGGGCUCAUAUAUAA